AUGAAUGUAUAUCCGGGAAAGGAAAUUGACUUCGGACAAGAUUGUCUUCUUGGUCAUGGAACUUAUAAAGCACUUAAUGCCCAAGGAGAAGAGGUCGCUUUAGCUACGGUUACUGGUGAGAUUCAACAAGUUGAUCGUUUGAUUACAGUUCGGUCGGCUUCUCAUUGGUACACUCCUUAUACUGGUGACGUAGUUGUUGGCCAGAUCACGGCUAUUGCUAACAAAAGAUGGUACGUUGAAAUUAACUCUAAAGCUGAAGCUGUUCUUAUGCUGACUGCUAUUAACUUAGAAGGUAAUGUCCAAAGAAGAAAGGGUGAACUUGAUGAGAUCAAAAUGAAAGAAUACUAUGGUAUUGGUGACAUUAUUAUUGCUGAAGUUCAAUCUACCGGUAACAAAAUCCAACUCCAUACCCGGAAUGAAAGAUAUACUAAAAUACCUUAUGGUCUACUUCUCAAACUCAGUCCUAAUGACAUUACCAAAGAGAAAACCCAAAUUCAAACCAUUCCCAUUGACAACCAAACAAUUACGGUUAUUUCCGGAAUGAAUGGAUACGUUGCCAUUUACGGCCCUCCAAACUCCGCCCAGGCCAUUAAACAAGUUGCACAGUCUAUCUUAGCUCUAGCAUCCGACAACUCCCACCAACACCACUGA